AUGCACGUAUCUAUCAGUAUCGUCAUUGCUUUAAUUGCUUUUGGUUCUGUUUACUCAACAUCAGUGCCAUAUCCAACUGCUAAUAAUGAUCUUCUUCAAGCUCAAAUUCACUUCUUAGCCUCACUCACACCUGAGCAACGAGGUUUAUGGGGUAAAAUCAAAGAUAAAGUAACCAAUGCUGCUAUCAAUGCUGGUAUUAGUGCGGCUGUUGGUCUUAUUGGUAAACGUGAUGCUGAUGAUCAAGAAGUUGAAUUAUUCUUGGCCUCACUUACACCUGCUCAACGUGGUUUAUGGGGUAAAAUCAAAGAUAAAAUCACAAACGCUGCUAUUGGUGCUGGUGUCAGUGCUCUCGCUGGUCUCAUUGGUAAACGUUCAACUGAUGAUCAAGAAAUUGAUUUAUUUUUAGCGUCCCUCACACCUGAACAACGUGGUUUAUGGGGCAAAAUCAAAGAUAAAGUAACCAAUGCUGCUAUCAACGCUGGUAUCAGUGCAGCUGCUGGUCUUAUUCUCGGUAAACGUGCUGCUGAAGAUCAAGAAAUUGAAUUGUUUUUAGCUUCCCUCACACCUGAGCAACGCGGCCUAUGGGGCAAAAUCAAAGAUAAAGUAACCAAUGCUGCUAUCAAUGCUGGUAUUAGCGCGGCUGUUGGUCUUAUUGGUAAACGUGACGCUGAUGAUCAAGAAGUUGAAUUAUUCUUGGCCUCACUUACACCUGCUCAACGUGGUUUAUGGGGUAAAAUCAAAGAUAAAAUCACAAAUGCUGCUAUUGGUGCUGGUGUCAGUGCUCUCGCUGGUCUCGUUGGUAAAAAAUAA